AGCGGCAGCAGCGGCAGCAACGACAUCGGGAGCGGGAGGCGAUGAGGCUCCGCAAUGGCACCUUCCUGACGCUGCUGCUCUUCUGCUUCUGCGCCUUCCUGUCGCUGUCCUGGUACACGGCGUUCAGCGGCCAGAAAGGGGAUGUGGUGGACGUAUAUCAGCGUGAGUUCCUCGCCCUCCGGGAUCGCCUGCAUGCGGCUGAGCGGGAGAGCCUGAAGCGCUCCAAGGAGCUGAACCUGGUCCUGGACGAGAUCAAGAGGGCCAUCUCCGAGAAGCAGGGCCUGAGGGACACCAACCGGACCUGGUCCAGCCUGUCAGAUGAAACCAAGCUGAAGCUGUGGAACGUCACCAACAAGAAUGUUCUGCACCUGCCCACUGUCUUCCACCACCUGCCUCACCUGCUGUCCAAGGAGAGCAGUCUGCGCCCCACAGUCCACGUGGGGCAGGGCCGCACCGGAGUGUCCAUCGUGCUGGGGAUCCCCAGUGUGAAGCGAGAGGCCCAUUCAUACCUUACGGACACGCUCGGCUCCCUCGUCUCGGAGCUCACCCGGCAGGAGAAGGAGGACGCGGUCAUCGUCGUCCUCAUCGCCGAGACCGACAUGCAGUACGCCGCCGGGGUCACUGACAACAUCAAGACCUUGUUCCCCAGCGAGAUCCACUCGGGACUCUUGGAAGUGAUCUCUCCAUCUCCCCACUUCUACCCCGACUUCUCCCGCCUCCGCGAGUCCUUCGGGGACCCCAAGGAGAGGGUCAGGUGGAGAACCAAGCAAAACCUGGAUUAUUGCUUCUUAAUGAUGUACGCGCAGUCCAAAGGCGUCUACUAUGUGCAGCUGGAAGAUGACAUCAUAGCCAAGCCAAACUAUCUGAGCACCAUGAAGAAUUUUGCUCUGCAGCAGCCUUCCGACGAGUGGAUGAUCCUGGAGUUCUCGCAGCUGGGCUUCAUCGGGAAGAUGUUCAAGUCACUGGAUCUCAGCCUCAUCGUGGAGUUCAUCCUCAUGUUCUACAGAGACAAACCCAUCGACUGGCUUCUGGACCACAUUCUGUGGGUCAAAGUCUGCAACCCGGAGAAAGAUGCCAAGCACUGUGAUAGGCAGAAGGCCAACUUGCGAAUCCGCUUCAAGCCGUCCCUCUUCCAGCAUGUGGGCACCCACUCCUCCCUCGCUGGGAAAAUCCAGAAACUGAAGGACAAAGAUUUUGGGAAGCAUGCCCUGCGGAAGGAGCACGUCAAUCCGCCCGCCGAGGUGAGCACCAGCCUCAAGACCUACCAGCACUUCACGCUGGAGAAAGCCUACAUGAGGGAAGAUUUCUUCUGGGCCUUCACCCCGACAGCCGGGGACUUCAUCCGCUUCCGUUUCUUCAAGCCGCUCCGCAUCGAGAGGUUUUUCUUCCGCAGCGGCAACAUCGAACACCCGGAAGACAAACUCUUCAACACCACAGUGGAGGUGCUGCCCUUCGAUAGUCUCCAGUCCGACAAGGAGGCCCUGCAGGAAGGCCGGGGGACGGCCCUCAGAUAUCACCGGACGGUGGACGGCUACAUCCAGAUAGGCUCCUUCUCCAAAGGGGUGGCCGAAGGGGAAGUGGAUCCAUCAUUCGGACCCCUGGAAGCCAUCAGACUGACCGUCCAGACAGACUCCCCUGUGUGGAUUAUCCUGAGUGAGGUAUUCCUCAAGAAGGCAGAUUGAGAAAUGAUUCAGGGGCGGAUCUGAGGGGUGGCAGCGCCGAGCAACCCAGCGGCUCCCCCUCCUCCGUGCCCACCUCGGCCGCCGCCGCCUCGGUCACCACGCCCCCGGAGCCGGGCUGCAGGCGAGCUCUGGGGCCCCGGGGGGACGCGUGGCACCCACUGCUGAUGGGAGCUGCAGCCUCCUUGCCCUGUGUCUCCACGAUUUCUCUCCUAGCCGGGUGCAGAAGGGCUAGGGAGUGGGCAGCACCCCGGUGGGAGGGACCUGUGGGGUUGGAGUGCUGUGCGGUCCCUCGGGCCCUGGACCUUCCAUGCCCGCUUCAGCCGAGCACAGAACAGAGUGGACAGAGCCUGUAGGUUGCUGACACCGGACUGGGGGCGACUCCACCUUCCCUGCUCCCCAAACUGCUGGUCCACCCCUCAAGGGCCUGUCCCCGGAUCCCUGACCUCUGGAGAGGUCCCUGUUGGUGCUGCGGCACCCCCGGGGUCCAGGGCAGGAGCGCGCCUUCAGCCGCCCAGAGUGGACAGUCGCAGGGGCUUGGGGAGGCUAUGGCCGGGGCAGGACCCGGGAAGGACCGACAGCUCGAAGGAGCUGGCGCUGCCCUGUCUGCUGCAGAGAGCGGGCCGGGGGCCUUGGGGGAAAUGCCGGGCUGGUCACACAGCUUCUCCCGCCCUUCCUUCCCGGUGCCAGGCCCACAGUCACUGCUCCCUGUCCGUGGGGCUACGGGACCAGGGGAGUCUAGGCAUGCCCUCCACCUCCCUGGGUCAAGGCUGCUCGGCCCAGGAGCCGGGGGCAGCCGGCCCCCCGACCACACCGUGCCUGCCGGACCCGGUCCCUCUGUCGCUGCACCCCGGCGGGCCCACGCCCACAGGGCUUGGUGGGCCAAAGGGCCGCUCUCGGAACUGUUUUUGGUCUGAACUCCCAGCUGCCUCCAGCUCUCUACACUGGAAUGCAUUAUACUACUUUAAUGUGCUGUGUUUUUUAUUAUUGGAUACAUUUGAUUUUUUCAAGUACAUCUAUAUAUAAUUAUAUAAAAACGUGCACUGUAAUAAAGGUUUAAUUCCAUUUGAA